AUGUUGUUUUACAUGAUAUCAGCCAAAUUUCCAAAUACACAUGCAUUCCCAAUUUUUCAAUUUGUCGUUUAUCCAAACACUUCAGAAAAUAUUGCAUUCUGUCUCAAGGCAUUUUUUAACUGGGCAAAAGUAAAACCAAAAUAUUUUAUGUCAGAUUGUGCACAAGAAAUCGAAAAUGCGAUUAUCAACUCUUUUCCAGAAGUUAUCCUUCAUUGGUGUGCAGUUCAUGUAAUGAGGGCGUUCAGAAAAAAUUUGAAAGAUUAUGCAUUUGAGAGUUCAGACAAAUUGAUAUUAGAUACAAAAAUGAACUAUCUUGCAUACGGCAGAAAUGGCAAGAAAGAAUGGAUUGAACCAACGUUCAAAAAAAUUCUGGAAAUAGCCGAAAAAUUCCCAGAAUUUUCAAAAUACAUACAAAAUCAAUGGAUAUCAAACCAAGAAAGAUGGACAGCCGCUGAAAGAGAUGAAAAUUUAGCUCUCACAAAUAACAUUUCAGAAUCGAUUAACAAAAAAAUUAAAUAUUACUACUUUGGCGGAACAAUUUUCAUGAGAUUUGAUCGAUUUGUGAUGAAAUUAAUCGAUUUUAUCGUUCCUUCAUUUUAUUACAGAAUUUCUCAAGAUAUAAGGCUCAGAGACAAAAUUCCAAAUCCGUUGCCAUCUGAAAAAAAGCCAAAAAAGUCUACAAUCAGACUGGAUACAGAAAAAUGUAUAAUGCUCACUGAUAAAAUUAAAUCGUUAAUAGUUAACUCAUCAGCAAACUUAAAUACGCUUCAAUUGGGUUUAGAUGACCUACUUGAUAAAGUUGUCAAGGCAGCAAAGGUUCAAAAACGAAUGACCCAGUAUUUUUCGAAAUUAAGUAUCCCAAUGGAAAUCAAGCUUAGUAUUCUCACGCAAAUUACAGAAUUUGGAUGCAAUACCCCUCAAUUCAUUGUUGAGAAUGCCAAGUCUUUUCAAGAUAAAAUUAUUACAGAUUUCCACCUUCAAAUUUAUACAACAUUAUAA